UGUGAAAAAUUGGGUGUAGUUACGAAUGCAAGAAUAUUUUGAAUGUUUUUCUAUGAAUUUCUGAUUCAUUGUCCGUCCAAUUUUAAUUGGGGUAGAGAAUUUUCCUAUUUUCUUUGGUGAUCAAUAUUGAGGUUCAAACCUUCAUUCACCAUACUUUAAAAUACGAACGAGUUGUGAAAAAUACUUCAGGAUAUCAACUUCAAAAUUAUAUGGCUGUAUGAGUGUAAUAUUUGAUACACAAUUCUCCCUCUAGAUAUAAAUCAAUUGUCAAAGUGCUGUGUUGUUGAUUCUCGAUACCAUAUAACUUGUAUUUCAUCAUGUCGGGGGGUCCUUACAAUUAUUCAUACAUUUUCAAAUAUAUAAUUAUUGGAGAUAUGGGUGUUGGUAAAUCAUGCCUUCUUCAUCAGUUUACAGAGAAGAAAUUUAUGGCAGAUUGCCCUCAUACUAUUGGGGUUGAGUUUGGUACCCGAAUUAUUGAUGUUUGUGGGCAAAAGAUCAAAUUACAAAUCUGGGAUACAGCAGGCCAAGAACGCUUCAGAGCUGUAACUAGGUCUUAUUAUAGAGGAGCUGCUGGUGCAUUGAUGGUUUAUGAUAUAACUAGACGUUCUACAUACAACCAUUUGAGUAGCUGGCUUACUGACACCCGUAAUUUGACCAAUCCUAGCACUGUGAUUUUCCUCAUUGGUAACAAAUGUGAUUUAGAAGCACAAAGAGAUGUAACAUAUGAAGAAGCUAGUAAAUUUGCUGAAGAGAAUGGUCUAAUGUUUGUUGAAGCUAGUGCUAAAACAGGGGACAAUGUUGAAGAAGCUUUUUUGGAGACAGCAAAAAAGAUAUAUCAAAGUAUCCAAGAUGGAAGGUUGGAUUUGAAUGCUGCAGAAUCUGGUGUUCAGCAUAAACCAUCAACACCUGGUAGAAACAAUUUAUCAAAUGAUAGCCAGGGAAGUAAAGAUAAUUGCUCUUGCUAGUUAAUCAAAUAUAUUCUGUUUUAUGCUUAUUUGGUUAUAAUCUGAUUAUUUUAUUGUUUUAUAGUUGAAUAUCAUGAACGAAUUUUGUAUUAAGAUCAUAUUAGAAUGGUUAUUUCCCAUUAGCAAUCCAUUAUAUGGGAGCAGAAACCUCAUCUGUUCAAUGAGAAGUGUUACUUUUUAGAAAUUCUGAAUGUGUAUCGAACCAUCCAAAAGUAUGCAAUUUCAUAUAAUGAAAUAUUUUAUGUAUGUAUAUUAAUUAUGCUUACUAUGAAGUUUUGAAUGGAAUGAGCCUAGUCUUAUAUUUUAUCACUUAAAAACAAAAUUUGGUGAAGAUACACUUAAUCCUUCAGUUUUCGAAUAUAUUCCCAUUAUAUUAUUCCAAAUAUCUUUUGAUAUGUAAUUAGAAAUUAAUAAUGAAUGAGUUAGUUUUGUGCAUAUUGCAAAAAAUUUCUAUUCUUGUCUUUGUAAACAGAUCAAUUGAAACUUUUUUAUUUGAAUAGGAAUCUGAUAUUUUUAUAAAUAGAGAGAAACUAGACAUUGAUUUUGUCUGUAAUGAAUAAACAUAAUAUAUUAUAUUGUACAUGCAAAUAUUCAUAUAAUUUGAACUGACCAUUCAGAUGAAAAAAAAAUAUUUCUGAAAUUUCCUGUCUUGGGGACAGAGUAAGAAAAUUAGAAUGUAUGGAUGUAAAUUACAGUUUUAACUUAUGGGUAUUUUGAAUUGAUUCCAAAUAGUCAAUAGUGCUCUCUGCUGUUUUAAACAAUGGUAAUUUAUUUUCCAAAGAUUUUUCAAAAAAGAAAUUUCAUUGGACAAUAUCAAUGAAAUUUGUUUCCUGUGAAUAUUCAGAUCACAAGGUGCUUCAUUGAAUCAUGUCUCAAUUAUUUGUGACAGAAUUGUCAAAAUCUCAUGAAGAAUAGCAUUAAUAAAACAUGAAAUUUUUUUUAGUAGAGAUUCUAUCUUAAUUUUGUAAAUUGUAAUUUGAAUAGUAGCUUGUUUUAAUUAUCAAUGGAAGAACUUCAAUAUUCGAAGCAUAAUCCACUAUUUAAGGAAAAUUAAAAAUUAUUUCUAUAUAUGUGAUGUAUUUGUUAUUGAAUCAAAUAUUAAAUAGAGAUAAGUUGUGGUGA